AUGUCCGCACCAAAACCCUUUCCCGCUGUGACAGGCAGUUGUGUCUGCAACACUAUCCGCUACCGCCUGCUUACGUCUCCCCUCUACUGCUACGCCUGCCACUGCAUUAACUGUCAAAAACAGACCGGAAGCGCGUUCAGUGUCAACUUGAAUAUCGAGUUGUAUAACAUCCAGGUCAUCUCUGGUACAACUCCACUGUUCGUCACGCGGGAAGCAAAAUCAGGGAGAAUCGACCGCCAUGCAGAGUGUCCAGAAUGUCACAUUCAGCUUUGGGCUAGUAGUGCGCUGGGUGAAGCGGUUGUUGACUUGAGGGUGGGAACUCUGGACUUGCCUAGCUUGAUGGAACCGGAUAUGCACAUCUUCGUGGAGAGCAAACUGGACUGGGUACGCUUGCCUGACGAUGCAAAAACUAUACCCAAAGGGGACAACUUACGGAAAUGGUGGCCAAAGAGUAGUUUAAAGAGGUUGGAGAUUUGUAUGAGGAGGACAGAGGAGGUAAAGAAGAGGAGGAUUGCGGCCAUGAAGGAGCGCAAGGAGGCAACCGCCGGUGCUGAAGAAAAUGUGCUGGCGGAAGGGAGUGGGGAAGGGGACAAGACGCCCACUGCGGGAGGGUUUGGUGGAGAAGACGAUGAGGCAUUUGAGAAGAGGUUUAGGGAGACGGAGAAGGCGUUGCAAGAACGGUUGGAGAGGUUGAGCCUUAAGCUGCAAGAUGAGGAGGUUGUUGAAAAGAUGCAGAAGACAGCGAUUGGGGAGUCGAAUACUGCCUCAUAA